AUGGCUGGUGCCCGAGAAUGGAACCAACUCGGUGUUCACCGCAAAGGGCUACGGGUUACUAAUCCUAUGCAUGCUCAGCGCAGCACGUACUUUCUGCAGCUCCCGUACAAAUUCUCACUGCCUCUCACCAUCUUCAGUGGUGGUCUACAUUGGCUCCUCUCCCAAUCAUUGUUUCUCGCAAGGGUUGAUUACGUGGAUAACAAAGGUCAGCUCAUCGAGUCUGAGUCGCGAUUUGGCGUUUUUAUGUCAGGAUUGAGUUUCCUUAUACUCUGUCUCGCCUUCUACUUUCUUGUCGUCACGAUUGGGCUCCUCGGGCGUCGCCGAUUUAAAGGCCACAUCCCCUUUGCGGCUUCGUGCAGUCUGGUCAUUAGCGCUGCGUGCCAUCCGCCCAAGGGCGAUUGGGAGGCAUAUUUAAAACCGGUUAAGUGGGGUGUGGUGGAGGAAAGAAUGUUUGAUGACCAGCUUCAUUGUACGCUGACGUCGCAGAAUGUAGAGCAACCAGAAGAUGGAACUCGAUACCGAUAG